CACAGCCGUUCGGACAAGUCCGUGACUCAGGUGCGCCAGGCCAGCAGCGAUCGUCAGACGAUCCACGAGAAAUAUAACGGCGGCGUUGGCCCCUACGACAUUGGUCUGAUCUUCCUGGAUCAGCCAUUCGAUAUCAAUGCCUUGGCCCGCAACGCACCUGUCGCCACCAUUGCCGUGGCCACCAAGCAGUACGCCACUACCGGCGAUGGUGUCCUCUUCGGCUGGGGUCGCGACAACUCCGGCUCGCUGCCCGACAAGCUGCAGAAACUGGAUGUGGAAAUCAUUGACUACAAGAAGUGCCUGGAUAACCUGCCCAGGGGCAACAAACUGGCCGAGUCCAACGUGUGCACCUUCAAGGCCGGCACCACCGACGGCGCCUGCAACGGCGACAGCGGCGGCCCAUUGGUGAACAGGCGUCCCGACGGCUCAUACCAACUGGUUGGCACCGUCUCCUGGGGCUACACACCUUGUGCCAGCACCAAGUACCCAUCGGUCUACACCGACGUUGCCUCCUACAGCGACUGGAUCCAGGAGCACAUUAACGACUUCUAAGCAUUUCUGAUUCAAUAAACGAAAUGAACUCUUGCAUUA